UGACCGGUCGCGCCUCGGAACGACGGCGACGACGUGUCUGGCGUCGUUGGUGGUGCACGUUCCCCUGACGAGCACAAGAGACGCGCGACGGCGACUCGGAACAUCCCCCGCAGCCCUCGCUACUAUGAUAAUAACGAGAAGCACGGUGACGGCGGCGGCGGCGACGACAACGACGACGACGACGGCGGCACGGUGGUCGCUUCUCCAGAACCGAGAGACGCUUGGUCGAACUUAUCACAACGUGGGUGGAAAACGGCGAUCAACGGCGGACCUACUACAUAGCGACGCUGUCUCGGCGAUGUUGUCUCGCAAUUGCGGCCGUCGCGUGGUACACGGGAACGACAACAGCAACAUCAUCGAGCCGCAGUGGAUCAGCUACACAGAAAUCGUAUCGGUGCUGCCGUACUACUAUUAUUGCCAGCGUCUCGCUAUUAUUAGCAUCGUAGCCUCAUUACUCGCCGACGACGACGUCCGUGGGGACGAUUUGAUAUCGGAACGACUUUCGGAGCACCGGGACGACGCGGGCACGGACAACAGCACGGCAACGAGCAGUGACGAUCUUCGUCUUCUCAACCGCCGGAACGGACUUCUACGUUGUUGCGCGUGACCAAGAGCCUUGCUAUUUCUAGCCGUAAUCGACGAUACGCGCGACGGAGGGAGUGUAACCGAUGAUUAGCGAGGCGGCGUGCGAACGUUAAUCCGCGAGCCGGCUAGGCUUCUCGUAUCGCGGUAACGGGACCGAUAGCGAGUCAAUCGUUGAUAAUAACGCGUGUACAACAGUCAUUCUCCGCGCCGAUCGAUCGUCAUCGCGCGCCGGUAUACAGAGAAGACAGUGUUACAGGCGAGCGCAUAGGAACUCGUGUCACGUACGGUCAUCGGCCAGUGUACACACACCGGCAGGGGAAGGGUGGGAGGGGGUGGACCAGGGUAUAGGAGCGACGGGGGAGAAGGAGCCAGGUAUCGUUGAUCCAGAUAAGCCGGUGUAUCGCGACAAGGUGUUACGGAUGGACGCUUCGCCGCGGUCAACCUGUGACGAACUGUAAACAGGAGUAUUCCGUUAAGAAGUAUAAAGAAAAUAAUAAAAAAAAAAUAGCGCAUUCGAGGUGCUCGUACUUACCUCGUACUUUCCGUACUUUUAAGCUUUCGCGCGUUACCAGCGUGUACGUGGCGACUAUAAACACGGAUUUCACACGUAACGUAAUACUUAUACAGACACAUAUAUCUGUAUACGUGUGGAUGCGACACGUAUUUCGCGUUUGUACAUUGUACGUGAUAGAGACGCAUAGUGAGCAAAGAGCAGGGAG